AUGCCAAACUGUGUCUUGAGAUUUAUACAAAGGGAAAUAAUUCCUUUGAAAUGCUUUUUGAAUCAAAAGGAGAAAAGGUUUGAUGAUGAUCAGAACCGAAGUAAAUUAAAAGCAACCCAACAGAGUCAGUUUCAGAUCAACUACGAGAUACAAGAUAGCAAAAUUCAACGAUGUUGGUAUCACCUGUGCAAGCCUUGGUGCAAGCCGACGUUAAUUUCAAAAAGGGGAUUAGCUUUUAUCUGA